UAAUGGUGCAACAAGGAAACCAGCUCUACAGAAGAAUGUGAUUUGUGACAAAUGUGAAAGCCGAGGCGGUAAGAAAGGAGCAGUAGAGUGCUGUCCUAAUUGCCAAGGUACUGGAAUGCAAAUAAGGAUUCAUCAGAUAGGACCUGGAAUGGUUCAGCAGAUUCAAUCUGUAUGCAUGGAGUGCCAGGGCCAUGGGGAAUGCAUCAGUCCUAAAGAUAGAUGUAAAAGCUGCAAGGGAAGGAAAAUAGUUCGAGAGAAGAAAAGUCUAGAAGUUCAUAUUGACAAAGGCAUGAAAGAUGGCCAGAAGAUAACAUUCCAUGGUGAAGGAGACCAAGAACCAGGACUGGAACCAGGAGAUAGUAUCAUUGUGUUAGAUCAGAAGGACCACGCUGUUUUUACCCGACGAGAAGACCUUUUUAUGUGCAUGGACAUACAACUGGUCAAAGCACUAUGUGGUUUCCAAAAGCCGCUCUCCACAACCGAACCAGUCAUCACCUCUCAUCCAGGUCAGAUUGUCAAACAUGGAGAUAUCAAGUGUGUGCUAGACGAAGGCAUGCCAAUUUAUCAUAGACCUUAUGAAAAGGGUCGCCUAAUCAUUGAAUUCAAGGUAAACUUCCCUGAAAAUGGCUUUCUCUCUCCUGAUAAACUCUCUUUGCUGGAAAAACUUCUCCCUGAGAGGAAGGAAGUAGAAGAGACUGAUGAAAUGGAUCAGGUAGAACUCGUGAACUGUGAUCCAAAUCAGGAAAGACGGCGCCAUUAUAAUGGAGAAGCAUAGGAGGAUGAUGGACAUCAUCCCAGAGGGGGUGUUCCAUGUCAGACCUCCUAAUAGGGCCAGU